UCUAACAUGUAAUAACAUAAACUUUUAUUUCAAGAUCUACGAAAGUCUGUUGAAGAUGUUGUUAUAGGUAUUGAAAAUAUUCCUGCAGUACCCGAAGAAGCAGAAUUAGCAAAUAGUAUUCCUGGUCCUAGUACUGCAAUUAUUCAAGAUGAGUCCAUCUCAGGAGAUGAACUCGACACUGAAGUUGUAAAAGAGGUUGCAUCUUACAAAAUUGAGGGUCGAAGGCUGGUGAACAUUUCAUAUUUUUGGGAUCAAAUCGAGAAUCUUUAACAUAUGCCAUUAUUUAAUUGUGCUAUAUCACAGUGCGAUAUCAUAAAUGAAACCAGAGAUGGUUAUUUUUCAUCGUUCACAAUCAAAUGCAAAAUGUGUGGGAUAACCUCUUGCCUAAAUACUGACGACCCCACCACGAAAUUGGAUGUUAAUAUGACAGCAGUUAUAGGUAGCACUUGUAUUGGAAAUGGACAAUGGCAAUUGGAGGAAUUUACUUCUGUUUUAAAUAUGCCAGCUCUAAAUUCCGUCCAGUACAACACAGUUCAUAAUAAAAUGGAAAAAAUAGUUGACAAUGUAUUUCUAGAGGAGUUGAGAAAAGCCGGUGAAGAAGAAGCGGCAAUAGCUCAAGAAAAAGGAGAUGUCGAUUCGACUGGCACGCCAUAUAUAACAGUUAUUGCAGAUGGAGCAUGGUCUAAAAGAUCAUAUAAGACAAAUUACAACGCAUUAUCUGGAGUAGCUGUUAUUAUUGGAGAAGCCACCAAAAAGGUCCUAUUUAUGGGAGUCAAAAAUAAGUUUUGCACAAUAUGCUUAAAAUUUGAAACUAAAAUUGAAGAUGCACCUCAACAUCAGUGUGCCAAGAAUUGGAAAGGGUCAUCGACAUCUAUGGAGAGUGCGAUUAUUCUUGACGGGUUCCAAUGUAGCGUUGAGAUGCAUGGAUUAAAGUAUACAACGCUAGUUGGUGAUGGAGACAAUAGCAUAACUAAAAAAUUGUCUUCACACAAACCUUACGGAGCCACACCUAUUCAGAAAAUUGAAUGUGUAAACCAUUUACUAAGGAAUUUUUGUAAUAAAUUAAAAGAUUUCUCAAAGUCAAGGACAAGUCCAUCAAGUCAUCUAAUAAUUCCGUUAAAUUUGAGAAAAAAAUUGGAAUCAAACAUAUUAAGAUUUCGAAUAGCAAUAAAAAAGGCGGCUGCUUUUCAUAUUCAGAUGACUGUACCUCUGGCUGAAAAAUACGAUUGUUUCAGAAUGACAUUAAAAAUUCUGUGGCUCAUAUAUUCGGUGAGCAUGCCAAUUGCGAGGAAUAUUUUUGCAAAGGAGCAAAAGACCAGGAAGAAAAUAUAAUGCCAGAGUUCAUAAGAUGUGGUUCCAAUGAUGAUAUUAUGGCGUGUCUGCAAAGAGUUUUAAAUAAUUCAUAUUCAUUUUUAAUUAAUAAAAACAACAAUGCAGCGAGCAGUUUAACAGCCUUGUUAACAAAUUUGUUGGAGGGAAAAGGAUUAAGUUUUCGUUCAAAGGAUCCUAUUUAGCGAGGUGUCAGUUGGCAGCUAUUUCUUAUAAUUCGAAAGAUACACUUACCUUCAACAAAUAGUAAAUGCGUUCGGAGAAGCUACUGGAGAUUAUAUACAAAAAUUUUUAACAAGAAGAAAACUCAAGCGAAAUAGAACUCAAAGGUAUAAAUGUAAACGGGGAUAUAAACCAAAAUUAAUUAUUUCAAUUGCUGAUAAAGAUUAUGGGGCAGUGGAAGAUGUCGUAAAUGAAGAGGAACAGAAUACUCGAAAAGAAAAGCUCCAGAAUAUCUUAAAAAAAAACAAUGUCAGAUAAAAUUAAUUUAGAAAUAAUCACAAGAGGGCAACAUUUAAAUCCGUUAUGGCAUCAGGAACGACAGCAUAGGCUGACUGCAUCUAAUUUUGGAAUGAUUUGUAGAUUGCUAGAAACGACGGAUCGUCUUACAGUAGCAAAGAGAAUGUACAGAACAAGAUUUACUGGUAAUAGAGCUACGCUAUAUGGCCAGGACAAUGAAGCCACAGCAAUUCGUGCAUUUGAGGACUUGACAGGUUUAACUGUUAUACCUUGUGGCUUAUUCAUUGGAACUGAAGAAGAAUAUUUCCUAGCUGCUAGUCCAGAUGGUUUAAUUGAAAACGACAACAAUUUUACUAUUGAAGUGAAAUGUCCCUUUGUCCUGAAAAGCUGCUCAAUAGAACAAGGAAAUUAAGUAAAGAAAAUUAAAUUUCUUGCCUAUGUUGGGGGUUGUUGUAUUUAAAAAACACUCAUCCGCAUUACUACCAAAUACAAGGGCAGCUACAUCUUUCAGGCGAGGAAUAUUGUUAUUUUAUUGUCUGGUCUCCUUUACGCCCUAUCCAUGUUGAUGAAAUUUGCAGAGAUGAUGAGUUUUGGAAGAACAAAAUUUAUCCUAAAAUAUUUUUUUUUAUUACGAUGCUUAUUUAAAACAAAUAAUUAAAGAUGUC